AACUCUCCAGCUAUAGUCUCAAGUGCGCGUGCGCGUGCGCCCCGGACGCGCUUGUGCGUCAGUUGAGGAUAAAAACGGGCGGCUCCUCCACCAAGGGCUGUGACCCUGACAGACUGCUGAUAUGGGAACUUUCCGACUGAGAUGAUUAUCUGUAGUUUACAGUCUCGGGAAAUUGCUUUAAUUUUCUGUACAGUCGAGUAGCAGAUUUGAUUUCUUCAUCCUGUCGCCGCGGAGAAAUGGCGCUGAUUUCAGGGUUCAUCUUUCUGUGCUUGCUCCAAGCUGCAGUCCCUCAACCUGUGGGCCCUCGUGGACCCAGGCCAAUACCUGGGCGAGGUGACAGUCCAGAACCAACUCCACCUCCAGGCCUACCUCAGCCCACACCAAGACCCGAAGGUUGUCAGUCUGGGAUAAUUGACUGUCCCAUCAAGCUCUUUUUCACCAUCGACACCUCAGAGACCAUUGCCUUACAGGAGUCCCCACCUGGGGCGCUGGUGAACAAAGUAAAGGAGUUCACCAAGAUCUUUGUCCAGAGGCUGGCUGAUGAGGAGUACAAGGGCCGGAUCCAGAUCUCCUGGUCCAUAGGAGGGCAGAACUUCUCCCAGGACCAGUAUGUCUUCAGCCAGUUCACGACCAGGGAGAACUUCAUCAGGCACCUCAGUGGGGUUGAAUACAAGGGCAAAGGCACCUACACUGACUGCGCCAUCAAAAGCAUGAUCAAACAAAUGACCCAGCGCUAUUUGGGGACAGGGGGCGUCCUCUUCUCUGUGUUCAUCACAGAUGGGCACGUGACAGGAAAUCCAUGUGGAGGAAUUAAGGCAAUGUCAGAGAAGGCCCGGGAGCAAGGGAUCCAUAUUUUUUCAGUGGCAGCGUCCAGGACCAUUGAUGAAUUAGGGAUGCGGGAAAUAGCCAGCUCUCCCUCUGAACUGUACCGUGAUGACUACAUAGCUGUGGAGAUCGUAGAUGGGCGAUCAAGAAUAAACAUUGAAUCCAUUGAUCGUAUCAUAAAAGCCAUGAAACAUCAAGCCUUUUUACAGUGUUAUGAACAUAAAUGCUAUGAGACUCCUGGCAGCCCCGGACCAAAAGGGCUCCCAGGUCCAAAAGGUAUAAAAGGGGAUAGAGGAUAUAUUGGGCCAAAAGGUGAAAAAGGUAAACAGGGCGAUCCUGGCAUUGAAGGUCCAAUCGGACAACCCGGUCAAAAGGGAGAGACUGGUUUGACUGGCGACAAGGGUGAUAUCGGAGCAAUUGGAGCAAAGGGUGUGGCAGGAAUACCAGGCAAGAAUGGAACUGAUGGCCAAAAGGGUAAAAUUGGCCGAAUUGGAGCUACUGGUUGCAAAGGUGAUCCAGGUGACAAGGGACCAGAUGGCUACCCUGGAGAUGUUGGUGACACUGGGCCACCUGGUGACAAUGGAGAAAAGGGUGACCCAGGCCUCCCUGGAAAAUCAGGUCCAAUUGGCCCUCCCGGUGAUCCAGGACCCAUGGGUGAAAGAGGAAAUCCUGGAAACCCAGGGCAGCCAGGAGACAAGGGAAUUCCGGGGGAACCUGGCUUACCUGGACCAAAAGGCGAAAAGGGAAGAAGAGGAGACAUCGGAACGAAGGGAGGACAAGGUCCUGAUGGGCCAAAAGGAGAAAAGGGAGAACGAGGGCCGCAGGGAGGCAGAGGUCGGCCCGGGGAAGGCGGACUCAAGGGCUCAAAGGGCGACCAAGGACUACCAGGCCCUAGGGGUCCGCCAGGACAACCAGGGGGCCCCGGAGCAAAUGGCACGGUGGGAAACCCUGGAGAUCCUGGACCAAGGGGAGACCCUGGGAUCACUGGACCAAAGGGUGACCCUGGAAGACCAGGAUUCGGCUAUCCUGGACCGAGAGGACCCACUGGAGACAGAGGUGAUCCAGGCAGAAGAGGACCCAGGGGGGGCAGAGGUGAAUGUGGCGCCAAAGGAGACCCUGGAAAUAAAGGAAUAAAAGGAGAACCUGGGGAGCCAGGUCAGUUUGGUGAGCCAGGAGAGAGAGGACCCAGAGGAGACCCUGGAUCUGAUGGGGGACCAGGUCCAGCGGGAGAUCCCGGGCUCACUGACUGUGACGUCAUGACGUACAUCAGAGAGACGUGUGGUUGUUGUGACUGUGAGAAGCGCUGUGGGGCUCUGGACAUUGUAUUUGUAAUUGAUAGUUCAGAGAGUGUUGGACUGACAAACUUCACCCUGGAGAAGAACUUUGUUAUCAACACCAUCAACAGGCUGGGAUCUAUGGCCAGCGACCCUGCUUCACAAACCGGCACAAGAGUCGGAGUUGUACAGUUCAGCCACAAUGGGACCUUUGAGGCCAUUCGUCUCGAUGACCCAAACAUAAACUCCAUGUCUGCCUUUAAAACGGCAGUGAAGAACCUGCAGUGGAUUGCUGGGGGCACCUUUACACCCUCAGCCCUCAAGUUUGCCUAUGAUAACCUCAUCAGGGAUAGCAAGAGAGCCCGAGCCAAAGUAUCUGUGGUGGUGAUCACAGAUGGCCGUUUUGACCCACGCGACGAUGAGGAUCUGCUGAAGUACCUUUGCGACGACGCCAAUGUGGUGGUGAACGCCAUUGGGGUUGGUGAUAUGUUUAAAAAGGAACAGGAUGAUGAGAUCCUAGGGUCAAUCGCGUGCGGCAAGAAGGAACGUGUCACCAAUAUGAGGCGUUACAUUGACUUAGUGGCUGAUGAUUUCAUACAGACGAUGGAGACUGUGCUCUGCCCCGAGCCAGUGAUUGUGUGCCCUGAUCUCCCCUGUAAAAGUGCACCUGAUGUAGCUCCAUGCAUCCAGCGGCCGGUGGAUUUGGUAUUUCUACUAGAUGGCUCAGAGCGCCUCGGGGUGGACAACUUCCAGCACGCCCGUGAAUUUGUGCAGAAGGUGGCAAACACUCUGGGAUUGGCCCGGAGCCAGACUGAUCGUAUGCGAGCCCGCGUGGCACUGAUGGAGUUCGGCAACGAGAAUAAAGUGGCCUUCUCUCUCACACACGAACCUGCCGUCAUCGCUGACGGCAUAAAACGCUUGACUUAUAUGGACUCUUCUUCAAGUGUGGGGCCUGCCAUCAUCCACACCAUCGACAACAUCUUGGGUAAAGGGAAUGCUCGCCAGACGCGACGCAACGCAGAAGUUUCAUUUGUUUUCAUCACAGACGGCGUCACUGAAAGCAACAGCCUGGAUGAAGCUGUUAGUGCCAUGCGCGGGGCACAGGUCGUCUCCACAGUGAUAGCCACAGGAAGUGACGUUGACCAAGAAGUCCUAGUGAAGCUGGCCAUGGGUGACCAGGAUGCCAUCUUUAAAGGAAAAGACUUCUCUAGUUUGUCCCGGUCCAGUUUGUUUGACCGUUUCAUCCAGUGGGUAUGUUAAAGAGAGACUAGAGACACAAGAUUAUACUGGUGCUAUUACUGUUAAUCUAGCAUACUACAUCUAGCACGAGAUACAGGUUAACGCUGUACUAUGCACUGCACAACUUGCAAAUGAUUUCACAGCGUUGUGCUUUUCUACUUUGACUGUACUCAACAUUUUGUUAUAUACAAAAACAUAGGACAAGUCGAGCAUUCUUCAUACACCAUUAAGCUUUACUGAUUUAAAAUAAUAAACCUGCAGUUUCUUGGA